AUGGACCGGCGGGCCAGGCAGCAGCGGACUCUGGCCCUCCUCCCGGUUUGCCUGGCCCUCACCUUCUCCCUCACGGCCGUGUGCAGCAGCUACUGGUGCGAGGGCACGCGGCGGGUGGCAAAGCCGCUGUGCCAGGAUCGUCCAGGGGUGCUGCAUUGCAUCCACUACAACCGUGGCAGCAGCGACAACCGGAGCCAGGCCGUCCAGUACAUUUGGGAGAUGGGAGACGACAAGUUCGUCCAGCGCAGGUUCCACGUGGGGCUCUGGCAGUCAUGCGAGGAAACCCUCGGGAGCACAGGUGAAAACUGCAGAAGUUUCCAGAGUGUAAUACCAGCUGAAGAACAAGGUGUCUUGUGGCUGUCUAUCGGGGCUGAGGUCCUGAAUAUCCUACUGACAUUGACAAGUGCAGUCCUCCUGGGCUCCAGAGUGAGGCAUCACUCUGGGUUCCACUGGCUCAAGGUGGAUGCCUCAGUAGCCAUCCUCACGGUGCUUGCAGGGCUCCUAGCCAUGGUGGCCCACAUGAUGUACACAACCAUUUUUCAAAUCACUGUGAACCUGGGACCGGAAGAUUGGAAGCCUCAGACGUGGGACUAUGGCUGGUCAUACUGCCUCGCCUGGGGUUCCUUUGCUCUGUGCAUGGUUGCAUCGGUCAUGGCCACAAGCAGAUACACAGCAGCCCGCCGGAAACUCGCAGAGAAAAAAAGUGGACAGAAGGGCAGUCAGCACUCUCCACAAGACUUCCAGAAACCCAAGGCUUCAGACUGUGUUUGGGAAAUAGAAGCUGCUCCCAGCCCUGCGGGGUGUGCCCUUAUCAGUGUAUCUAAGCACCUGCCACCAAAGGCUCCAGGCAAGGUGUCCAUGUGCUAG